GGGAUGGAGGGAAGGGACGCCGAAACCUGGUCGGAAUGGGGAGUGGACUACUUGAAAUAUGACAACUGCCACACAGACGGGACGUCGCCCCAAGAGCGGUACCCGCCCAUGCGCGACGCCCUGAAUGCCACCGGCAGACCCGUCCUCUAUUCCAUGUGCGAAUGGGGCCUGGACAAUCCGGGCGCAUGGGCGCCGGCGGUGUCGAACCUGUGGCGGACCACGCCGGAUAUCCGGGACGAAUGGUCCUCGGUGAUGGAGAUCGUGGAGAUCAACGGGCGUCGAUGGCGGUACGCGGGUCCGGGGGGGUUCAACGACCCGGACAUGCUGGAGGUGGGGAACGGAGGCAUGGGGCUGGAGGAGUACCGGGCGCACAUGUCUCUGUGGUGCGUGAUGAAGGCGCCGCUUCUGAUCGGCUGUG